ACCUUGUAGCUCUGACGAAAGUGAGUGACAGUGGGGAAGUGCAUCUGGCGGUACCGCAUCCCGUCCUCUAGGACUGUAACCGGUGAUAAUUCGGCCACUGUCGACUGGAUUUAAACGGGCCAUAGGCAGAGUGUCAGCCAGUUCCCUCCAGAAACUUCCACAUCCCGGGAUUUUAGCGGGGAAAAAAAGCUGAUAAAACAUGAACGAGAGUGAGCUCAGUUCCCUGCCGGUGGAGUACGACUUCGAGCGACGUUUCGACGAACGACGAGCCCUGGAAUGGAUGCAGGAGAACUGGUGCACGUCAUUCAUGUUCUGUGGCCUGUAUGCUGCGCUCGUAUUCGGCGGUCAGCACUUCAUGAGGGAGAGGCCGAAGCUGAACCUGCGACGCCCGUUAGCCCUGUGGUCGCUCAGCCUGGCCAUCUUCAGUAUCAUAGGAGCUUUCAGGACCGGACUCUACAUGCUUCACGUCCUCACAACCAGCGGCUUCAGACAGUCGGUGUGUGACACCAGUUUCUACAGCGCCCCCAUCACCAAAUUCUGGGCAUACGCCUUCGUUCUCAGCAAGGCCCCCGAGCUGGGUGACACUGUGUUCAUCGUACUGCGGAAGCAGCGCCUCAUCUUCCUGCACUGGUACCACCACAUCACCGUGCUUCUCUACUCCUGGUACUCCUACAAGGACCAGGUAGCGGGUGGCGGCUGGUUCAUGACCAUGAACUACAUGGUUCACUCUUUCAUGUACACGUAUUAUGCGGCCCGGGCGGCCGGCCUGCGGGUGCCCCGACCCUGCGCCAUGAUCAUCACGGCCACCCAGAUCCUGCAGAUGGUGAUGGGGCUGGCCGUGGUGGGCCUGGUGUACUACUGGAUGAACGAGGUGCGCUGUCCGUCCAACCUGGGCAACAUCACAUGGGGGUCUCUCAUGUACCUCAGCUACUUGAUCCUGUUUGCCUCGUUCUUCUACAACUCCUACCUCAAAGGCUCCUCCAGCGGCAAAGGAUCUAAGUCAGAGUAGCAUGUCUGCACUGUGCUCAACAGUCGUCUCAAAGAGUGCCAUAUGCAGAAAUGACCAACAGUGAGGGGCCAUGAAUGUGUGAGUCUCAACUAGGCAACUGGUUGCUCGGUCCUCCUCUUGUUAGGACUUUUUCCAGGCAUCUGUAGCUCAAAACAAUGAUACAUCUGUGGAUUUAGAGCAGUAGGAAGGAAGGAAAGAGGAGACCGGUUCAGACUCAGCACAGCUUAAAUAUAAUUUCAUGAUUAGUUGUUAGUACACAAUGUAAUAUUAUUAUAGAAGCAUAUGAGGGAGAACCGUGUUUUUUUAAGACUAACACAGCACUCAUUUAAAUCAUUUAAAUUAUUGUCUUGGCAAAUCACACUCUUGACCAGUAUAAAAAAAUCAGCCAUAUGAGGGCCAAGUUUAUGUCAGAGGUUUGCAUUUUUGUAUUGUAAUGAAGAGAUGUAUACCUAAAAGCUCUGAACUAGUAAGAAGUACCUAAGCUUUUUAAAUUGUUUAAGGAGUUGUUCAACAUUUUGUGAAAUAGUCAUAACAUGAGAAAUUCCAUAUUUAGCCUGGUUUAUAUUUCUGGAUAUGAUCGACACAGAAAUACAAGGCCCUGUUUAUAUGACAACAAUUUUGCUAAAAACUCAAAUGUCAGUCCUUCGUGUUUUAAAAAGGUUCAGUAGAUGGCAGUGUAACUUGAUGAAUUUGCAGCACAAAUACAGCUUUAUAGUCCGCCAUAGAUGUUGCUGUUCUUUUGUUUGUGCAUUGCUAUUAGGCUGAAUACAUAAUAGCCAAGCAUGAGGUGGGGCAGUGUUCACAGUUUUCAUAAGAACUGACAGGUUCAAAAGAUUACAAUCUGAAACCCAGUUUCAAAGGUUUGCAUUUUCACGCCCUCAAGACCUGGUGAAUGAAAGGCUAAACCGCUACAAAUGUUUACAGUUUUAUGCAAAAACCGUUGUGGUGUAAACAGGGCCUGAACAAAUCAUUAGUCUUAUGUCUGGAGUCAGGAAGUAGUGGUUAGCGUAGCUUAGCAUAAAGACUGAAGGCAGGUGGGAACAGCUAGCUCUGUCUAAAGAAAAAAACACGUACAAAAACCUCUAAAACUUUAAUUAAAUUUAAAUGCUGUGCUGGUUGCACAGGUUUUGGCUCAUAUGGACGUCAGUGCACAGUCACAUUCAAGCACAAACAUUUCCUUUCACAUCAUUGUUUGUGUACUGAUUUAAAAAGUGAUACAGCAUGUUAAUUUGUAAGCUUUUCAAGUGUUGGUAGUGUUAUUUUUCUCUUUCCACAGAGUCACGUUAGCCAUUUCCUCCUGCCUCCUGUUUUUACAUUUAGCUGGGUGAACCACAUCCUGACUUAAUGCACGCAGGAGUGCUGAGAUCGAUUUUCUCAACUAAUGCUCAGAUGGAAACCAAAUAAGCUUAUUCCCCAAAAUGUUGAACUGUUCCUUUAAAAUCGUGUGUGUUUUAGCCUUUAGCAUAACUGUAGUCUGCAGAAUAGUAACAUUAGGAUUACCAGAA